GUUAAAGAGCUCGGGGAAUGUGUGGACACACGCAGAGAGAGGGAGGGAGUGAGAGAAGGGCGGAGCAGGGCUAAUAUCAGUGCCGAUGUUGAUGUGAUCUAUACUCUCAUCAGACCAUGAAGUAUGCGUAUGAUGCUCUCUGAAGGAAGCUACCAGGCAGCUUCAAUCCAGUCACUGAACCAAAACUCGCUGUGAUCCAGUCUCUUCUUGUUAAAGUCGUGUGAGUGGCAACCUUGUUUUGCUUUUUUUUUUUAAUUUCUUGAGAAAAAAAAAUCCUGGUUGGAAUAAUCCAGGAGUAAAUCUGCAACUCUGGUUUUGAACCUGUGAGACACUGCUGUAAUUGCAUUGAUUGGAACUGGAGUGAAUAAGAUGAAGAAGUUUAAACGCAGAUUCUCACUGUCGGCACACAGGACAGAAACCAUUGAAGAGUCACUCGUCGAAUUUCAGGAACAGAUCACAAACCAGAUCAACAACAGAAGGAAUGACGAUAUUGCGUAUGAAAAUCUUCCACUGACUUUGAACGUGCACUCAGACCAGGUUGGGUCAGAAGGUGCCCAUUCACCGAAUGCCCUGCCCUACAGGAAUCAUCGGCAACGCAGGUUCUCCAUGGAGGACCUGGGCAAGAGAUUAUCGCUCCCGAUAGACAACAGGCUUCCGGAGGAAUUCCUACAGAAACUGAGACUGGAGAGCCCUCCCUUUCCCAAAACUCAGAGCAGGACUUCACGCCGAGCUUCACUGUCAGACAUAGGAUUUGGGAAGUUGGAGACUUAUGUGAAACUGGACAAGCUGGGAGAGGGAACCUAUGCCACAGUGUUUAAGGGAAAGAGCAAGUUGACGGAAAACCUGGUGGCUUUGAAGGAAAUCCGACUGGAACAUGAAGAGGGAGCGCCGUGCACUGCAAUACGUGAAGUUUCUCUGCUCAAGAAUCUGAAGCACGCAAACAUCGUCACCCUGCAUGACAUCAUCCACACGGAGCGAUCUCUCACCCUAGUGUUUGAGUUCCUGGACAGUGACCUAAAGCAGUACAUGGACAACUGUGGGAACAUUAUGAGCAUGUACAAUGUCAAGAUAUUUAUGUUCCAAUUGCUGAGAGGAUUAUCCUAUUGCCACAAGAGGAAGGUUCUACACCGAGACCUGAAGCCACAGAACUUGCUCAUUAAUGAACGAGGAGAAUUGAAAUUAGCUGAUUUUGGUCUGGCAAGAGCAAAAUCGGUCCCAACUAAAACCUACUCAAAUGAGGUGGUGACCCUGUGGUAUCGGCCUCCAGAUGUUCUGAUGGGCUCAACAGAAUAUUCCACCCAGAUCGACGUAUGGGGAAUCGGGUGUAUUCUAUAUGAGAUGGCUGCUGGAAGGCCAUUGUUCCCUGGUUCCACUGUGAAGGAAGAAUUGCACUUAAUCUUCAGGCUUUUAGGGACUCCAACAGAAGAUACAUGGUCAGGGAUAACAUCAAAUGAAGAAUUCAAAACUUACAACUUCCCUUACUACCGACCGCAACCAAUGAUAAAUCAUGUUCCCAGGCUGGAUGCUGAAGGACUAGAUCUCUUUGCCAAUCUUUUAUUGUAUGAAGCCAAGAAGCGGAUUUCAGCCGAGGAUGCUCUCCGGCAUGUUUAUUUCAAGAGCUUGGGAGAAAGGGUCCACCUUAUACAAGAUAAUACCAGUAUUUUCACUUUGAAAGAAAUCCAAUUGCAAAAGGACCCAGGUUACCGAGGGUCUACAUAUCCCCAGUCUGGCCGGGGGAAGAAUCGAAGACAGAGUGUGCUGUUCUAGGUGGACCCUCGCUUGUUCCUGAUCUCCUGUCCCCCCCACCCCCCCUCCUCCCCCCCACCCCCCCUCCUCCCCCCCCCCCCCCCCCCCCCCACGUCAUGAAGAAAGAACAGCUCCUCGCCCUCUUGAAGCGCGGCAUGGAGACGGACGGAGGUGAGGCUACAACAGCCGAACGGGGGAAUGGCCACGUGAGAUCAACAUCAGUGAUGGUGCGGCAUUGCGGAAAUAUCAUGGGGAAUGGGAAGAGCCCAUUCACCGUAUUAAAUCUAUGCUGCUGUUGGUUUCUGGUCCAUGCAUAUCUUGAAUCCAUCAAAGUCUAGAAUUCUUAAUACCAGUGAAGCUCUUUGGGCUCAUUCCAAAGACCCCAAUCUGCUCUAUUGACACAAUUUGAUAGAAAUGCCAAUGACAACACCUCCCGAUUGUGAGCUACAUCCUCCAUACUCUGACAUUGCAUUCCACCAUCUCAGAGCAGCUCUUGCACUGAGGACCACUUUCCAUCAACUCAGGAGUGGUCAACAUUGUCCGUCCCACUGCCUCAUGUUGAUGGGAGAUUUCCUCCUUCGCAUUUGCACGUUCAAAGCAAGUUUGCACCUUCAUCCGUUGGGCAUGGGAUCAUGGAUGUUAUUGAGCCAAUGGAUAGAACUUCACAAUGGGCCCAGCGCCUGCAUACCCAUACCACCACAAAGGAAAUGGGUCACCGCUGGCCAUGAAGGUUUGCUUAUGGUCAAGGGAUCAUGGGUAUGUAGACAGAGGUCAAGUCCAGAGGGCAUAGGCUUGUUGUUGUGAGUCCAGGAUUCAUAGGGUCAAAGCUGGCCCAGGACAUACGUGGCUGAUAAUGGAAUUUGGCGGCACAGUCUCAUGGCGGGCCAACUCCACAGAGGGUUGAAAGUGGGCCGUGGAACUUUAGACUUAGGGAGGAGCUCUGGCUGAUAAUAAGCACCAGGGAUCCAGGCUGAUUGUGACGGGGGGGAUAGUGGGCCCUAGGGAGUUCAGGCAUAUUCAGGAUUCAAACCACGAUUGUUAAAGCAAUGUUAUGUAGAUGGCAUUGUUAAAAUAACCAUAAUAAUUUUUUGCAGUUGUGCAAUAGUCUCUCUAGACUCGAUGGGCUGAAUGGCCUACUUCUGCUCCUAUGACUUGUGAAUUGAUGACUUACAAUUGACUGCGGGAUUAUCCCAACAUCAUCAUUAUACCAACGUGGAGAUUUUAGUCAUUCAUCCACCAUUUAGACAGCCAAGAUCCCUCUGUCUUAUCCUUUCAAUGAGAUGCUGAAUCAGUCAGUUUCCUUUCUCAUCGUUACAUUUUUGCAAUAUCUUUCAUUCAUUGUUCUUUAUCUCUCCACAUCACCAUCUAUAUCUCUUGUUUCCCUUAUCCC